CAGUUAUGCGCUUUAGUGCACGGGGAUCUGACUCUGACAGCUGCAGGUUCACUCGCAUCACUGCGCGUUCACGCGAACUCUCGAGGAACUCCAGUCAGGACGCGCGAUGCUUUCUGCCGCGAAACCUCAACGCGUUCUGACUCCCAAGUAGAGAGAGGAACCAGCGCGUGCUUCUCACAGACUCCAUGACGAGGAUCGUUCAGCAGAUCUCCGCGGAGCUCGCGAUGUCGGCGGUGUUUGCCGUUCUGUGCGCGCUCCUGGCUCCGGUCACGGCGGAUCCGCGCGCGGUGAACUGCAGCCAGGUGAAAGACGCGUUCAGCGACCUGGGCUACAGUCCUGCACGUGUUCCCACCGAGGAAACAGCAGGUAUCGACUCAACUACAACACUGUCAUCUGCUAACACGCCGCUUAAUACGGGGGACCGGGGCAAGUUGUCACACGGAGACGAUCUGCAGGUUUGCGCUCCUCAGAGAUCCUGCUGUAAUGCAGAAAUGGAGGAGAACUUCGUCCAGAGAAGCUCGCGGGACUUUGAGAAGCUCAUGGACGACACGAGCGAAGAGCUGAGGGACGCGUUUAUGACCGGACAUAAAAGGUUUGAUGAGUUCUUCUUGGAGUUGCUGGAGAGCACCGAGCGCUCUCUGAACGAGAUGUUUCUGCGCACGUACGGCAAGCCCUAUCUGCAGAACGCCGAGGUCUUCCAGGGUCUGUUCGCCGAGCUGAAGCGAUACUACACAGGCGGCAACGUCAAUCUGGAGGAGAUGCUGAACGAUUUCUGGAUGCGUCUGCUGGAGCGCAUGUUCCAGCUCCUGAAUUCCCAGUAUCUCAUCACUGAAGACUAUCUGGAAUGCAUCGGCAAGUACGUGGAAGAGCUUAAGCCUUUUGGAGACGUUCCCAAGAAGCUGAAGUCUCAGGUUACCCGAGCGUUCAUCGCCGCCCGCACCUUCGUCCAGGGCCUCAUGGUUGGACGGGAGGUGGCUAACAGGGUUUCUACGGUCACCAUGAGCUCAGCGUGCGUCAGCGGCUUCACUAAAAUGCUCUACUGCUCGUACUGUCAGGGUCUGUUCACGCUGAAGCCCUGCAACAACUACUGUCUGAAUGUGAUGAAGGGCUGCCUGGCCAAUCAGGCCGACCUGGACCCAGAGUGGAGCAAAUACAUCGAUGCCAUGCUCCUCGUGACGGAGCGUCUGGAGGGACCCUUCAACAUCGAGUCGGUCAUGGAGCCCAUCGAUGUGAAGAUCUCUGAAGCCAUCAUGAACAUGCAGGAGAACAGCAUGCAGCUCUCCUAUCAAGUUUUCCAAGGUUGUGGACAGCCGAAGCCUUCAGGAAUGAGCAGGUCGGCCCGCGGCGUCUUCAGUCCCUACAGCCCCGAGGAGCUUCCGACCGCCGCGGCCGCCACUCGCCUCGACCGCCUGGUGACUGAUGUCAAGGAGAAGCUGAAGAAGUUCAGGAAGUUCUGGUCUUCACUUCCUGAGGCCUUCUGUCAGGAGGAGCAUGUGGCGGCUGCAGAAAGCACCGAGGACGACUGCUGGAACGGACACGAGAAGGGCAGAUACGUCCCUGAGGUUUUGAAAGAUGGCCUGACCAAUCAAGUGAAUAACCCAGAGGUGGGCGUGGACAUUUCCAGACCGGACACUCUGAUUCGACAGCAGAUCAUGGCUCUCAAGGUGAUGAGCACCAAACUCAAGAACGCUUACGAUGGCAAUGACAUCUACUUUCAGGACUCCAAUGAUGACAGCAGUGCUUCUGGCAGCGGCAGCGGCUGCACGGAGACGUGUGUCACUGAAUCAGACUCCUUCAUCACUGACGCUCCUGUUCAGGAAGCAGAGAAAACAGAUGAAACAUCUUCUGCUUCCAUCAUCCAGCCCAACCUACUGCUGCUGGUCCUGAGCGCGCUGGCCUUGAGAGAGCACUGGAGAUAGUGACCGCUGAGCUCCACACAGACUGGUGUGUUUUAUAUCAGACGGGACACUGAUCUCAGCCGUCUGAAGACUUGAGGCCACUCUUCCCGAUUCAGCAGGUGUUGCAUGAUGGAAGUUCUUCAAAAGGGCCGUAAGCAUCACACAUCUGAUAUAUGAAAGAUGUCAAGGGGUUUUUGUUGUUGUUAUAUUUCCAGUAUAGUAUAUUAAAGGAAUAGUUUACCUAAAAAUAUACAUUUGCUGAAUAUGUGCUCACCGUUAGCGCCUUCCAAGAUAAGGAUGAGUUUGUUUCUUCAUCAGAUUUGGAGAAAUGUAGCAUUGCAUCAGUGUCUCAUCAGUGGAUGCUCUGCAGUGAAUGGGUGCCGUCAGAAUGAGAGUCUGAUAAAAACAUCACAAUAAUCCACAGCACUCCAGUCCAUCAGUUAAUGUCUUGAGAAGACAAAAGAUGAGACAAAUCCAGCAUUAAGAUGUUUUCUAAAAUAAUAACAUCUCCAUAAUAACGCUUCCUCCAGUGAAAACGUCCAUCUCCUGUUGUGGCUCACAUCAAAACCUAGCCACAGAUUUGAUUAGAGAUGUUUGGGCUUGUAAAGAGUGCUUGAUCUGUGCAGAUUUCUCUCCUGAUUCAGACCACUUUUUCUCCAGGUGAAAUGUUUUAUAAUGGAGUAUGGAUUUGUAUUUUAGCUGGAAGCAUUGGUUUGAAGUUUCUUUUGUCGUCUCCAGAUGUUAACUGAUGAACUGGAGCGGUGUGGAUUAUUGUGAUGUUUUUAUCAGCUGUUUGGACUCUCAUUCUGACGGCACCCAUUCACUGCAGAGCAUCCAUUGAUCAGACACUGAUGCAAUGCUACUGUACUUUUCUCCAAAACUGAUGAAUAAACAAUCCCAUCUGCAGAUUGUAUUGCAUGGCCCGAGGGUGAGAACAUUUUCAGCAAAUUUUCAUUUUUAACCUGAACGAUUCCUUUAAAGUGAUUGUUCACCCAACCCCAACCUUCAUGCUUUUUUUAAUUUGGAGAUUAAAAGUUUUUGUGUAAAAAGGAAAAUGCAUUUUAGUUCUUAAACUAUUCAUAUUUUGUCAUAUUUUGUGUGUCCGCUGAGACCAGUAGCAUUUAUACAGGGAGAGUAAAUAAUGAACUAUCCCUUUAACUGCAACACAUUUAUCUUCUAUAUUUUGAAGAUUAUUAAAGGUCUUCUUAUGUAUUCUUCUCACACAGAUUUUUUACAUUUUCAUGCAGGUAUAGCUUUCAUGAACGUGGAAGAGAAUAUCUAGAUGAAUUUAAAACGAUUAUUUGAACAGGAUCUGAGAAAUGAGGGAAAAUAAAUCAGUCUGCAUUACAGCGUUUAGCUCUCAUGCACAUAUUAUGUCCUUUUUGCAUAUAAUAUUAACUCAUUAGUUCAGCGUUUCUAUUAUGCAACUCUAGCAGUCUUCAUUAAACAGUAUUCUGAUAUAACACGCUGCCAUUUUAAUGUUUGGGGUCAGUAUAUAUAUAUAUAUUUUUUAAAUAAUACUUUUGUUCAUCAAGGAUGCAUUAAAUUGAUCAAAAGUGACAGUAAAGACAUUUAUAAUGUUACAACAGAUUUUUAUUUAAAAAAAUUUAAAUGCAUCACUGUUUCCACAAAAAUAUUGGCCAGCACAAUUAUUGAAAUGUUUCUUGUGCAGUAAAUCAUCAUAUUUUCAUGAUUUCUGAAGAUCAUGUGACACUGAAAACUGGAGGAAUGAUGCUGAAAAUACAGCGGAGCAUCACAGAAAUACAUUAUAGUUUAACAGACACUCGUGUAGAAAACAGCUAUUUUAAUUAAUAAUAUUAUUUCACAAUUUUUACUGUAUUUUUGAUCAAAUAACUUCAGCCUUGCUGAAGCUGAAGAGACUUCUUUCAAAAGCAUAUUACAGACUCUAAACUAUUGAAUGGCAGUGAAUGCGACUGAAAUGUCAUUUGCAGUAUUCUUGUUUUUUUUUUGUUUUUUUUGGUGAAAUCUAAUUCCAAGUUUCAUCCCUUUAAAGUGUUCGGAGACUCUUAUCUUGUGCCCCUGUGUAUGAGAAAUCAUUUGCACAGUUCACGUUUAGUUUGCACAAGUGCUUAUGCCGUUUCUGGGGAUAUCUUUGUGUGUAUGUGUGGAUGAUUACACACAUAACAGUAAUACCAUUCCAUGGAAAGAGUUAUAGAUUUGUGAGACUUUAAAUGUAUGUUUUUAAUCAUGUUUUCUACUUUAAUGACCUGGAUGGUAGUGUUUUGAGAAACUACACAUUGCUGGUCAUGAAUCCCUUAUAAAACAUCCGCUUCAUGAAGAUCCAGAUUGAAUUGGUCAGUGGAGAAUUGAGGCUGGCUGAUUUAUUAUGAGUGUUAUUUUUAUAUUUAGAAGAUUUUAAUGUUAUAUGUUUUCUUCAAGGUUUCCUUUGCAUUUGAAUGCUCACCUUCAAUGUGUGUGUUUUUUUUUUUUUUUUUUUUUUUUAAAGCUUUCAGUAUAAAUCUUAUUAAUAUGUACACUUAUGGUGUGAAAAUCAUAUUCUUAAUCAGAAUAUUUGCAACAAAAUAUAUGUUCUUUAAUCAAGAGUAUUUAAUUGAGAAUAAAUAUAUAUGGAGAUUUUAGCCUUUCACAAACAUUCACAAAUAGUUUAUUUUUUAAAAGCAUAUGCCUCACAAAAUUUUGUUAGAUUUUAUGCUUAAAAAAGGGGAAAAUCUUGUUUUAAAGGUAUUUAGAUUUUUUACUAAAAAAAUGCAAACAUUCUGAUCAAGAGUGUGUUUUUCUCAGCAGUUAUUAAUUACAUUUCACAGUGCUUCAUGAGAUCAUUUACUGCUUUUUUCCCAGAUUUUUUAAAGAAUGUAAUGUAAUGCACUUUGAUAUUAAGAUGUGCAAUCUUUGUUUCCGUCAGAGGUUUCCAUAUACUUUGCUACAGGGAAAACAAAGCUGAUUUCUAGCAGUAUUAUAGAAAUAUUCAUUCAACUAUUAAAUCACAUCAGAACGCUUUAAAACCUAUGAAAGAAAUAAGUAAUCGCUUAAAAAAGGGCUAGAUUUUUCAAGCUAUAGUCAUUUUAAAUUCAAUCUUGACUCAAACAGUGUUUUAUUGUGAAAUGCUCAAAUAACGAUAAAAAAAAAAAAUACUGAAGAAAUGUCCUGGAUAUGUUAUAAAAGCAUAUCUGUUUCAUUGUAAAACCGAUAUCUCAUCGUGUUUCUUUACAUUCAUAUCUUGAAUAAAUUCAGAAAGUGCA